GGGGCCAUUGGUAAGAUGUCCCAGCCCACCACUGUGGACGAGGGGGCCACGUUCGAGCAUCUCUGGAAUUCCCUGGAACCGGACAGCACUUACUUUGACCUGCCCCAGUCCAGCCAGGGAAAUGGUGAGGUGGUGGGCGGUGCAGAGGCAGACAUGGACGUCUUCCACCUGCAGGGCAUGACCACACCUUCCCAGUUCAAUCUGCUGAGCAGCACCAUGGACCAGAUGAGCAGCCGCGCGGCCUCGGCUAGCCCCUACACCCCGGAGCACGCCACCAGCGUGCCCACCCACUCGCCCUACGCGCAGCCCAGCUCCACCUUCGACACCAUGUCGCCGGCACCAGCCAUCCCCUCCAACACCGACUACCCUGGCCCCCACCACUUCGACGUCACCUUCCAGCAGUCCAGCACGGCCAAGUCCGCCACCUGGACGUACUCCCCACUGCUGAAGAAGCUUUACUGCCAAAUUGCCAAGACCUGCCCCAUCCAGAUCAAGGUGUCCACCCCGCCGCCCCCGGGCACCAUCGUCCGCGCCAUGCCGGUCUACAAGAAGGCAGAGCACGUGACUGAGGUCGUGAAGCGCUGCCCCAACCAUGAGCUCGGGCGGGACUUCAACGAAGGACAGUCUGCUCCGGCCAGCCACCUCAUCCGCGUGGAGGGCAACAAUCUCUCGCAGUAUGUGGACGACCCCGUCACGGGCAGGCAGAGUGUCAUGGUUCCCUACGAGCCCCCGCAGGUGGGGACAGAAUUCACCACCAUCCUGUACAACUUCAUGUGCAACAGCAGCUGUGUGGGGGGCAUGAACCGGCGGCCCAUCCUCAUCAUCAUCACCCUGGAGACCCGGGAUGGACAGGUGCUGGGCCGCCGGUCCUUUGAGGGCCGCAUCUGUGCCUGUCCUGGCCGAGACCGCAAAGCUGACGAAGACCACCACCGGGAGCAGCAAGCCCUGAGCGAGAGCGCCGCAAAGCACGGGGCGGCCAGCAAGCGCGCCUUCAAACAGAGCCCCGCCGCCGUCCCUGCCCUGAGCACCAACGUGAAGAAGAGGAGGCUCGGAGACGAGGACGUGUACCACCUGCACGUACGGGGCCGGGAGAACUUUGAGAUCCUGAUGAAGGUCAAGGAGAGCCUGGAGCUGAUGGAGCUGGUACCACAGCAGCUGGUCGACACGUACCGGCAGCAGCAGCAGCUCCUGCAGAGGCCGAACCACCUGCAGCCUGCCUCCUACGGGCCGGUCCUCUCGCCCAUGAACAAGGCACACGGGGCCGUCAACAAGCUGCCCUCCGUCAACCAGCUGGUGGGCCAGCCGCCCCCGCACAGCUCAGCGGCCGGGCCCAACCUGGGGCCUAUGGGCCCCGGGAUUCUCAACAACCAUGGCCACGCCCUGCCGACCAGCGGCGAGAUGAAUGGCAGCCACGGCGCCCAGUCCAUGGUCUCGGGGUCCCACUGCACCCCACCACCCCCCUACCACGCCGACCCCAGCCUGGUCAGUUUCCUGACAGGACUGGGGUGUCCAAACUGCAUCGAGUACUUCACGUCCCAGGGCCUACAGAACAUUUACCACCUGCAGAACCUGACGAUAGAGGACCUCGGCGCCCUGAAGAUCCCAGACCAGUACCGGAUGACCAUCUGGAGGGGCCUGCAGGACCUGAAGCAGAGCCAUGACUACGGCGCCCAGCAGCUGAUCCGCUCCAGCAGCAACACCUCUGCUAUCUCCAUCGGCAGCUCGGGGGAGCUCCAGCGGCAGCGGGUCAUGGAGGCCGUGCAUUUCCGUGUGCGCCACACCAUCACCAUCCCCAACCGCGGAGCUCCGGCUGGGGGCUCGGGGCCUGACGAGUGGGCCGACUUCGGCUUCGACCUCCCGGACUGCAAAUCCCGAAAGCAGUCCAUCAAAGAGGAGUUUACGGAGAGCGAGAUUCACUGA